CACAAGCCUAUAAAAUGUGCCUUGGCUCCCAGUUCCCUUCUCCUUCAGCACAACUAAAAUCAAGAGGCUGCCGUACAGAGGGGGAAUGGGAUGCUGUUCUACCCAGAGGUAGAUCUCCUGCUUCAGCUGGUACAGCAUUUCUAACAGUUCGAACAGCGUUGCCAAAGGUUUCCCUGACAGAUCUCUCCUUCCCAGUACCUGCUGUGCUGCCUUUCUUCCUGUUUUCUUUCUUUCCUCUUCUCUUUUGGUGGGGAUUUUGGAGGACUGAGAGAGGGGGGUGGGAGUGGCACAUCAUUCCUGGAAGAGAGGAGAGGAAUAUCCAAGAUGACUUCUGUCCUCACAGACAACUGGAACAUGAGCGGGAGCAGCAGGUGGAAUGUAAGCCUCGCUGCAGGAGGCGAUCCCUGGGGACAGAUGCUAGGAAUGGCAGCUGGAAAUGCUUCUCCCCCUGUAGCAUCCUCAGCAUCCAACUUCUCCAAUCAGUUUGUGCAACCCACUUGGCGCAUUGCCCUCUGGUCUCUGGCUUAUGGUGGUGUGGUGGCAGUGGCCGUUUUUGGCAAUCUUGUCGUCAUCUGGAUUAUCCUGGCUCACAAGCGCAUGAGGACAGUGACCAAUUACUUCCUGGUGAACCUGGCCUUCUCUGAUGCCUCCAUGGCCGCUUUCAAUACCCUCAUCAACUUCAUCUACGCGCUGCACAGUGAAUGGUACUUUGGAGAGGCUUAUUGCCGCUUCCACAACUUCUUCCCGAUCACAGCUGUUUUCGCCAGCAUCUACUCCAUGACAGCGAUAGCUGUGGACAGGUAUAUGGCCAUUAUCGAUCCCUUGAAACCUAGACUCUCUGCAACUGCAACCAAGGUGGUCAUUGGGAGCAUAUGGAUAUUGGCUUUCUUGUUGGCCUUUCCCCAGUGCCUAUACUCCAUAACCAAGGUGAUGCCUGGGAGAACUCUUUGCUAUGUAGCAUGGCCAGGUGGUCCAAAACAGCAUUUUACGUAUCACGUCAUUGUGAUUGUGCUGGUCUACUGCUUUCCACUGAUUGUCAUGGGCAUCACUUAUUCCAUAGUGGGAAUUACCCUCUGGGGUGGAGAAAUACCAGGUGACACAUCCAACAAAUAUCACGAGCAGCUCAAAGCUAAGAGAAAGGUGGUAAAAAUGAUGAUUGUGGUUGUGCUGACAUUUGCCAUCUGCUGGCUGCCCUACCACAUUUACUUCAUAGUUACUGGGGUCUAUCAACAAUUAAAUCGGUGGAAAUAUAUUCAGCAAAUCUAUUUGGCCAGCUUCUGGCUUGCCAUGAGCUCUACAAUGUACAAUCCUAUUAUCUACUGCUGUCUUAAUAAAAGGUUCCGAGCUGGCUUCAAACGAGCUUUCCGCUGGUGUCCCUUCAUUGAGGUGUCCAGCUAUGAUGAGCUAGAGCUCAAGGCAGCCAGGUUUCAUCCCACUCGGCAAAGUAGCCUGUACACUGUAUCCAGAAUGGAUUCCAGCAUAACAGUGGUGUUUGAAACCAAUGAUGGAGACAACACUCAGGCCAGCCGUAAGAAAAGGGCAGCUCCAAGGAACACAAGUUUCAAUAGCUGUUCGCAGAGGAAUUCCAAGACCAUCUCAACAGCCCCAAGUCUCAUCACUUCACUGCACACCUCAUCAGAUGAUUAUUCCUAAACAUUUCAUGGUGACAGUUGCUAGAAGGGCAGCACUGGACAAUGCUCUCCUACUCUGGGACUAGACAUUCACACCACCGGAAAGCAUACAAGAUUCCACUGGUGUACACUAGCUAUAAAUGUCAUGAGCCUUUGGGGCAUCUCUUACUUUUCUGCUUUGGAGAGAAGGAAGAACUUGAAGACACACAUAUGCGUCAGUCUAAAAGCAGACUCACACCUUAUAGAGAGCAAAAUUUGUAGGGAUUAUCUAAAAUAAGCCAACAGCAUAAAAAACAUUUUUUCAAUUGUAUCUGACCUGUGGCAUUCAUGUUUCAGUAACUGAAAUGUAACAGGAUCCUUUACUUAUUGAAGCUCAAUUGCAUGAUGUUUUCUAUUAUGAGAGUAUUAAUUCUACAAUAAAAAAAUUCCAUGAGAUGUGAAACUAAAUUUCUUUACAAAGACCUAAUGAUCCACAAGCCUAUUCAAUUGUUUUAGAAUUUAGACCUGGUCCCAGGCAAACAAACAAAAUGACAUUCACAUGAAUGGAGUUCAGCUCUGUCUGCAACAAUAGUUUUUCAAAUUUAUAUGAUUUUUUUUUCAAAAGAGAGAAUCUCUAACAGACUAAAUUUAAAUCUACCAAGGUUUCUGUGUUGGUGAAUGGUAAACUCCAAUGGAAUGCUUACCUCCAGGAGGAUGUAUUGCCUACAUGAAUGUCCUAUAGCUUUGUAUCUUAGUAUUAAGUGUAGGAUCUUCCUCAACUGACCCUAACAGCAUCUUUGUGAUUGACUUUAGAAAGGUCAAAAGAUUUUAAACUGGAGAUUCGCAUAUAAGAAAAACACCACUGUUGCAAUGAACCCUUCUCUGCAGAAUAUGCAGUAACAUAUUUCUCCCUGAAACACCUUCACCAGCAAAACAAAUAUUUUGGCUGUUCUCUCAAGAUUUGCAUAGCUAGAUAUAUGCAAGAAUACUCUUCUGUCUGCAUCUGAAAACAUUAGGCAUUAUUACAGACACUUUCCCACCCAAUUCAGUCAAAAUCCACUCACUAUCACUGUUGCAAAGAAAGCUGAGCUUAAUCCAAAAGGGACUAGAGGGUAGCCUUUAUUUUAUAUGAAUGGCUAUAUCAGUUGUGUGGAUCAACUGGUUAUGUUAAUAUUUGUUCUUAAGCAGCUAAUCAAAACUCAAGCAAAAAAGUGUGAAUGUCUUGCUCAUUUAGCCAGAGAAGCACACAGGAGCCUAUAGUGGCUCAACCCAACACGAAACUGAGCAACUAACAAAGAGAAAUUUGAAGACAGAAAGGCUUGAGCUGGCUUUAGCUUACAUUUCAUCCCAGCAACUGGGGAUUCCCAGCAUUUUACCCGUCAGCUUAUCAUAAGAGAGAUCAUGAGAACCACCUUUGUAUUGUGAUUCGUCUGUACAGUCAAUUGUUAUACUCUGCUUAGUGUAAUUUGUAUUCGUAUUGUGAUAUCAAUGCAUUGCUGUAUCACUCUGCUAAAUCAAAAUCCUGUGAAUUAUUAUUAAGUGAAAUAUGCUCAAAUAAGUAAAUUUGGAAUUUAACCCUAGACCUUCAACAUGUGGAAUAACUGAAGA